AUGGACAAAGAACAUUAUAAACAAAUGGUUGUAACAAUACUAGAUGAUCUGGCAUAUUAUGAGAAACUUAAAGGUGAGCCUUCAAAAUCUGACAGAAUGAAAUACAACAAACUGAUCGUUGAGUUUCAAUACUGCCUUACAGAUAAGGAAAUAGAUUAUCUCCAAAACUUUGAAGUAAAGACAAGUAAUUUUUAUGGUCUACCAAAGGUCCAUAAAAGCAAACAUAUAAGUGAGUUAUGUAAAAAAGCCACAACAGAAUAUGUUGAAGUCACAAAUGUUACAGACUUGAAAUUAAGACCAAUUGUUGCUGGUCCAGCGUGCCAAACACACAGACUCAGUAAUGUUUUAGAUAUUUUACUAAGGCCACUUACAAAAUAUGUUCCUAGCUAUUUACGCGAUAGUACAGACUUUCUAAACUCUCUUCCAGAAAAGAUUACAGCAAGAACAAUUCUAGCGUCUUUUGAUGUUGAAUCUCUGUAUUCUAAUAUACCGCAUGUAUUAGGACUGGAGGCAUUACAAUACUGGUUAAAUCUAUAUCCAGAAGAAAUACCUAAAAGUUUUGAUAAGGAAUUCAUCAUGGAAGCAGCAAAGUUAAUACUUCUGAAUACUACAUUCUACUUUAACGGAAAAUAUUAUAGGCAAAUAAAAGGUACGGCCAUGGGGACAAAAUUUGCACCGGUCUAUGCUACACUAGUUAUUGGCUAUCUUGAAAACAAAUUAUAUAAUGACGUUUCUUCUACAUUUGGUGAAGAAUUCAAAGACUAUUUCAAAGAUCACUGGAAACGCUUUUUGGAUGACAUCUUCAUUUUGUGGACACGUUCUACUAAAGACCUAGAAAUUCUAGAAAAACUGUUGAACAGUCUCAAUGAAAAUCUGAAUUUACGAUGGAGAAAAGCAACACUGAAUUACCCUUCUUGGAUGUUCUUGUAA